CAUUUCACACCUGAGCCUCAAUUCUCGCGGCCCGGCACCAAACGACUCACGGACCGGUUCCCCAGUCAGUCGUCUCUCAUGUCUUUUUGGCACUAAUUUAUUCUUAAGAGGCUUUAAGGUUGUUCAUACUGUGUGAUAACUUAGUUCUUCAUUAAGUCCCAUAUCAUAACUAUGUGCAAUAGUGAAGCAAAAACAGAACUUUUCAUAUGAUGAUAUAGCGUUACUUUCUGUUAUUGUUACUUUCUGUUACUGUUACUUCCUGUUAGUAACUGUAAUAGACUUACACAUUUUUUAAAUUACAUUGACUCCCAUAUAUCUGGGUUUUUCCCAUUUCACUCGGCACAAAGACGUCUGGCUUUCUUCAUCAUACAGGACAGGAUCUGCAGUAUAUGUAGCUCUUCUUUGUGACAUGCCCUGACUUCCUGUCUGUUCUCUCCUCUUUCAUAUUCAGCUCGUCUCUCCUUCUGUCACUCCGUCUUUCUCUCGUUGCUUCUCUGACCACGGUUGCUGCUCGUUAGCACCAUUUAAAAACUUCUUUCUGGCUCAUUGGGCUCUUGGCUCAUUCCAGCAGCACUGACAUUAAGCAGCGUGAUGAGUGACUGUGCCCCGCGGCAGACAUGACACCUCCGUUUCCAUCAGCAAUCACAGCUGAACAUCAACCCAUUUUUUUUCCUUAGCUUUCCUUCUUUCUUCCUUGUCUGCCAGGACGUGGCUGUGAUGUUAGCUGUGUUUCCCAAAGGGGGAUUUAAAUAAAGAGCAACAGCAUAUUGGCUGAUGUUAGAAGAUAUUCUGCAGACUACAGGUAUAGACCAGCAUGCCGUUGGUGAAGAGGAACAUUGAGCCCCGGCACUUGUGCCGUGGAGCGCUGCCAGAUGGGGUGACUAGUGAGCUGGAGUGCGUCACCAACACUACACUGGCAGCCAUCAUCAAGCAGCUGGGCAGUCUAAGUCGUCAUGCUGAGGACAUUUUCGGGGAACUGUUUAACGAAGCCAACAGCUUCUACCUGAGGAUGAGCAGCCUGCAGGAGAGGGUGGACCAGCUGGCUGUGAAAGUCACCCAGCUCGACUCCACUGUGGAGGAAGUUUCUCUGCAGGACAUCAACAUGAGAAAGGCCUUUAAGAGCAGUACCAUUCAGGACCAGCAGGUGGUGUCGAGGACCUCUGUGCCCAACCCUGUGGUGGAGAUGUACCACCGCUGCGACAAACCUCCACCACUUAAUAUUCUCACCCCCUAUAGGGAUGACAAGAAGGACGCCCUGAAGUUUUACACCGACCCCUCCUACUUCUUCAACCUGUGGAAGGAAAAGAUGCUGCAGGCCACUGAGGACAAGCGCAAAGAGAAGAGACGGCAGAAGGGCUGUCCGGCCCACCCUGACAGGCCCCACUCCAGACAGGCCCAACCCAGGAGCCCCCUGUCCAUCUCUGAGCAGCAGAGGCAGGUUGAAGACCCGAGCAGAGAAGUGAAGAAGGUGCGUAAAGCUCGUAACCGACGCCAGGAGUGGAACGUCCUGGCCUACGACAAAGAGUUCAGACCAGACGCCAGGCUCGCCCCCUCCCCUUACCACGGCAUGUCCUCUGAAGGCUCACUGUCCCCAGAUAGCAGAUCAAUGGCGUCCGACUCCUACCCAGCCAGCCCCAACCACCCCUCCACCCAGGCCUCCAGCACUGCCCACCCCGCCGACCACCACACCAGGGAUCACCUCAGUGCCGCGGCCCAGACGCAGUCACUGGAUCGGGGCCUGAGGCCGGCCAACCAGCCCCCGGGAGCAGGCGGUGCUGCGGCAACAGGUCGGCACGUGGCCUCCCUGGGCCGAACCCCCUCGGGACACGGCGUCCAGGCCGGAGGAGAUCCGACAGUCAACGGGCCGAGGCAGCAGUCGGUUAAGGACUACCGCGCCGCACACGGAGGGCAGCCCUCCACCAUCCCCGAGUACUACAUCCCGCCGGCCCCUCCCCCACCCCCACUAACCAUCCCUUCUGCCCAGACCGCCUUCGACUCCACCAACGCCCCGCCCUCCGCCACCUCCGCUGUCCCCCCGACCUCUUCCGCCCUCUCCCGUCCCUACUCACCCUCUCCUCCUCCUCCCCCAGCCAACUACGUGCCCUCCCCCUCCCACCCGCCUUCAGGCGCACCCCCGGCCGCCCCUCCUCCUCCUCCUCCGGGAGCCCCCGUGGGCCACCAGGCCCACCCGUCACCCCCGCACGCCGCUAUCGGUCAGUCAGCUGUGGACGGAGCACCCUCGACGAGGAAGUCCACCAUGCUGGGGAUGAUCCCCAUGAGCGACGCCCGCUCCGACCUGUUGGCGGCCAUACGUAGAGGUAUCCAGCUGAGGAAGGUGCAGGAGCAGAGGGAGCAGGAGGCAAAGAGGGAGCCCGUUGGUAACGACGUGGCCACGAUCCUGUCGCGUCGUAUCGCAGUGGAGUACAGCGAGUCCGACGACGACUCCGAGCUCGACGAGAACGAAUGGUCCGACUAAAAGAAGAAAAAACAAUAGAGAGAUGAAGCGGGGAGAGUUAAAGGGGGAGAAAUGUGAUGCUAAGUUGAAACUUAAGGGGUUUGGUUAGUUUUAAUGUUCAUCAUCAACUAAAAAAGUCUGAUUAAAAAAGAAUAUCAGUCAUACAUUUCUCACACACCUGUUUGUGAACUUAAACCAGAGAGGUUUUUGUGUCCAGCCACCCAGGGUGUAUGGCACAGUAACCACACACACUGUUUCAGCCCCACAUCUGCUUAUUUUUAACCUUUAACAACACUCAGUACUCAGCAGCUCCCCCUCCCCUACACGCUCUAUUAGCAAUAUUACAGGCUCUGUGUGCAGGUGGGCCCCUGGUGAGUAUGGGGGCGACGUGUUUACAAAACACAAGGUAUAUAGCACAAGACAAACUAAUUAUAGUGCAAUCUUAACUCCUCUACCAAAUGUUGAGAAAGGAUUUAUGGAAACGAGUAAGGAUAAUCAGGGAAAAUAAAGAAAAAUAGCUUAUUAGCAGAUAACUCGCUAGCUUUCUGGGUCAUGCCUGUUUAUGAAACACGCACACCUUCCUUUGGAGACACUGACCUUUUGAGAGUUUGGCUCAUCUGAACCAGCGUGAGACAGCAGGAGCAGCAUUAUCUCUGUGUAGUGAGCUGUCAUGCAUGCUAACAGGAUGUGGCUAAUGUAGCUGUAGCUAACGGGAGAUAAAAGUGCUCUGCGGAGGGACGUACAGCUGGAGACGCUUGUCUGGAGAGCACCGUUAGUUUAUGAUUCAGUCACAUUGACACAUGCACUCAACAACCCUGCUUUUAUAUAGGAAUAUAACUAGUAUGCAACCAGCUGAGCUGAGUCUCCUAUUGCAAAGAGACGCGUUAUAGACGAGUUGUGCUCUCUGGUGUUUAGAAAUUAGAGGACAGUGAUUUGCAAACCUUUGCCAGUCAGUCUGAGAGUCAAGUGUUCGAGUCAGUCUGCGUUUGUUUGGAGACCGAUUGCCUCCCACCAGGCAACCUGUGCAGUCGAGGUGAAAGCCCAGAAGGUUGGCGGUGCAGCAUUUUGAAGCUCUGGACAACCAGUUAGUUGCUGUAUCUACUUGAAGUCUGUUGGUGAUUGCAAAAAAAAUUCAAUGCAAUUACCAGGUAACCACCUUUUUUUUCUUCUGAGGUUUUUACUCCAGUGUGACUGAGCCACUAGCGUACUAAGGAAAAACUAAUGGGGUUGGAUUAAGUUACAAAGGACGUAUGAAAUUACAUUUUUAAGAAAGCAUUUCAAAGCUACACAGCCAUAAACAAGUGCUAGUUAGCUGUUGGACGUACAUGCUGUACACUCUAUGAGCUUUGGGCCUACCGUUAGUUAGUGAGACCUUCCUGACUGUUACAAUGAUACAGGGAGAACGUGCAACAUCGACACGUAAAGUCACAGAAGAAGAAAGAUUAGGGGGUUUCCCAUCGAUUAAUGUACAACACGAGGUCUCCCCCUGCUGGUUGAAGAAAGACUCCAGCUUUCAUGUUGGCUUCACUUUUCAGACCAUUAGCUGGGGCCAUCUUUUAUAUACAGAUUAUGCUGGUGGGAUAUUUCUACAGUUGGGACAUGUAAACAAACCAGUUCCAGUGUUGUUGGGCCACCGAUGAGCAAAUAAUCUUAUUCUCAAAGCCAGAUAAUAUGCAUUAACAUAUUUGAGCCCUCUGGAAAAUGUUCCUCGACAUGAUUAUACAGCUCUUUUAAAGAGGUCCUAUUCAUAAUAUCAAACAAACACACGAUCAGCAGCAUUCAAAAUGCUCAGAGUAAUAUUUUAUGUCACAGGUGUGUUUAUGAGCUCGCAGUACGCUGGCGUUAGCUUACAGGCAGAAACUACACAGAGAAAUGUGGAAGCUGGCUCUCCAGGUACAAAAGUGAUUGGACAGCCAAACUCUCAAAAACAAAAAAAGGGGUUGGGUCAGUGCAUUUCCUAAAAACAUACCUUCUAACGUUAGAAUAGUGUGAUGAAACUGUGAUAAAAGACUCCACCCACCCAGGAUGAAGCUGGUGUGGGAAAACAAGCGCCAGCAGCCUCGUUCGAGUUUCCCUCUCAUUGAAUAAUUGAGCCCCAUCUGCCCAGUCUGAACAGUGACUAUCAUGAAAUUCGUUUUUGGUAUUUUUUGUAUUCGUUCAUAAAGUGAAGCCUGACAUUUCAGCCAGUGACUGUGUGCUGUGCUCUUGGUCUUAUUAUAAACGCUUCCACACUUAAACCACAGCUGGAGCAGCUCUCACAAAGCCCAAGGGUCAAAGGUCAUGUCCACUCCUUCACUCGACCCUGGGUCAGCACUGCUGUCUGUGGAGGCUUUGUGAACGCAGCCCCUGGACUAUAAAUACAUAAAUGUAAGAGGCUCGCGGCAGUAAUCUACAGUAUAUUCUCUCUUCUCUGUUUUCGGUAUAGGUUUGGCUAAUCCUCGGUAUGAGCUGGUUGGACUGUAGUGUUUUUAUAAUGUGCUUUUUCUUUUUUCAAACGUGCUGCAGUGAGUUGUUCAUUUUGAUUUAUUUUAGGCUUUUCUAACUGUCCAGGCCAGGAUGAAGGUACCAGAUAAAACAGGUAUAUCACAGAAGCCACGUAAAGGGUGAUCUUUUGUUAUUAUUGUUACCAGGUUGACCUUUAAACAUUAUCCUGCAAAGACAAAUUCUAAUAUUGGUUUUAGUUUUCUUUUCAGUUGAUUGAUUUCUUUGUUGUUGUUAAUGCUGCAACCUUUAAUUGCAAAGCAUUGUGGGAAGUGGAGUUCUACUCCUCCGUGUGCUAGCACUGCGGCAGAGAUAUUAACCCAACAGCGUUUCAGUCGGUUUUUAAUUUGUGAGGAAAACGUGCGCUCUGAACAGUUUCUGAUAUUCAACGGUCCCACCUAACCAAAAAAAGUACAAGUGUACAUGUGGAAGAUUACAUUAAAACGUUUGCUCUACAACUUUUAGAUUUGAAAAGUUAAAGGUGAAAAUAGUUUUUUCAGGCUGUUAAGAAGGAAAGUGAUUCAUGAAUCAAGGUGCAUAAUUGUGGAUUCAUGGUUAGAAUUAAGCUGUAUGGUGCAAAAAUCUUGAGUCACCUCAUUUUUUUUAAAUAUUUGCUUCCAGGCAGCGUGGCUUUCUUGUAAAUUUUGAGUAACAGUUCUCCAGACUUUGUGAAGGUCUUUCAGAAUUUUCUUUGACAUUGGCUGCUUGUUCACUCAUUUUCAGAGACUUAACACUGACCUAUGACUCAUUCAAGGAUAACUUUACAGAUAAUUUUAAAUUGUAUCUUUAGGUACUUUGUAACUAGCAACCUGUUGCAAAGUUUUAAUGGUUUUAAUUUUUCUUGCUGAAUCUAAGAAAAAUUGACAGAUAAAUAGUAUUUUUGUCUAAAAGUCAGAAAUAGGAAAAAAAUCCAACAAAGACCUGAAACAGACCUGAGAGAUGCAUCUGAACCUUCAGAUGAUCCGUCUACUGUUCACUGAAGCCUCAUUAGAAAUCAGUGGAAGUGGAAGGGUGGCUGUCAGGAAGGCUGAGGUAUGUCAAAUUACACAAGAACUGGACUGAACAGUGACAACAGGUCUGAUGGAGUGAUGUAAUAAGGUCAGAGUCUGCAGACAUCUGUAAAACACGGUGGAGGCUGUGUUACGGUUUGGAGCUGCAUCUCAGCCAGUGGUUUUUAGAGAUUGUGUCAAAAUUAAUGUGAAUUGUGAACACAGAAAAGUACCAUUGGUAAAUCAUUCAAUUGGCAGCAACUUAAUUUUUAACAUGACAAUGACCCCAAACACACUGCCAAUGCAGUAAAAUCAUAACUGGAUAGAAAAACACACUCAAUGAAACGCUAUCAGUCAUGAAUUGGUCUUCUCAGAGCUCAGAUCUCAAUAUUGUUGAAUUUGUGUGGGAUCAUCUAAAGACAGCCAACAUCCAAAGAGAGCUUUGAAUGUCCCUAAAGAAGCCUGGAGAACGACUCCUACUUAAAGAAAUUACAAGAAAUAUUGUCUAAGAGUUCAGGCUGUGCUGAAGAAUAAAGGUUGUCACACCAAAUAUUGACUUUUAAGUCUGUUAGAAUUAUACAAACUCAGCUUUUUCCUUAUAUGCUGUAUUUACAUGUAUGUUUGCAUGAAACUAAGGUACUGCACCUACUUCCAAAAUGCAAAAAGAUGAGGGAUGGAUCAGGACUUUUGCACAAUAUUGUAGUAGCCUGAAAAUAUGACAGUUUUGACUAGCCGGCCAUAUUUAGCUCAGAAAAAAAAGAGGGGGGGGGACGACAUCAGUGGACAUGUGGUGCUUGGUGGGACUCCACAUUUGUCUAAAUUGUACAUUACAGCUGUUUUCUUUAAUUGUACAAUCACUAACUUCAAUGUCUAAUUACUCUUGCACAUGUAAAGUGUUCAGCAGCAUUCGGCCUAAUCUCGACCUCCAUAUCUCCUGCUGUAAUAAUCUAAGUCUGUAUCUGAGACUGUUCAGACUGCUCAGUACUUUCACCUUUACCCGUGCAGGUUUAUUCCCAAUAACGACAUGAUUCUGAAAAAGGGACAGGGCUCAAAAGUAGCUUUAAUUUUUUUGUUCUUGUAUAUAAACUCAAUUAACUCAACAACUGCACUCUGCUGGAGAUUCACAACUGGACUAAAGGGCGGACAAUGAGUGGACAGGUUCUUGGUUUUCUCCCUGAAUGUUUAGAAUAAGAUUUAAGGAUUUGUGCCAAGGCCUGCGUUUAUAGACAUUAUUACUGAAGCAAAAAAAGCACAUAUGAAGAGAUAGAGAGUGGAUUUGCAACAGACCUGGCCAAUAUUUACCUAGAAUUUAAAAAAAAAAAAAGGAAGAAGGUUGUAUCGUAAUGGAGGAUGCAAAAACCUAGAGAAAAGUGGUCUGAUUGUUCUGAUUGUUUAUUCUAUGGUCGUGUUGUUGUGCUGGAGCCAUAGAUAUACUCAGUCAUGAAAUUUGCCCGGAGUAGCUGGUGACCCUGCAGCUUCUAAGAAUGUAAAGCUGUGACUUUGACGAUUUUGCUACUUCCCGUAUUGUUUGAUGUGCUGACAGCUUUUCCGGUCCUGGCAACAAAAGCAGAGACCUCGCAUAUCAAGCGUACCUUGUGUAUCUAUGGCUACUGGCUUCUAAGAAAACUUUGUUAUGUGUUGAAAAUGUGAAAAACGAACUAUGUUGUAAAGACUUCUUUUGGUAAGGCAGCCUGUAAAGUAAAAUUGGGGUAAUAUAACCUAGACAAUGAAACUAAAUGAAACUGUGUACUGCACACUAAAAUCAACUGUAAGCAAGUAUGCAUGUAACUAUAGCUAAUAAAUGGUGAACAAAA